GGCGGAGCACCCCUGGGGAAAACCAGAAGCCAGCGCCUGUGACGGUAUUUAUAUGGCACAAGCUAAACCCAGGUGACCAGAGGCCUCUUUAGGAGCUGGGAUCACUCCAGCUUCUGGCACAGACAAGGGAGGCUGAGAGAUGGAAAGCCACUCCUAGGUGAGGGGCACCAUCGCACCAGCCAUGGCGAGAUCCGGUGUCUUCAUCCCUCUGCUCCUCCUCUUCCUUCUCCCUGGAGUCUCCUCCAACUGCUACACCGGCACAGCUGAGGAGUGUGAUGAGACCGUGGCCUUCGUGCCCGGGUACAGCUUGGUGGGGGAGGGCAUCGACGUGACCACUCUGAAGCGGACAGGGGCUGAUGUGGUGGACACCAGCCUGUGGCGCCACCCAAAUGGCACCUGCACCCUCUGCGAGAACCGGCUGCUGCAGGGGCAGCUGCACAGGGUACCUCUGGCCAUGGUGGACUGGAAGGUCCACAUCGCAUGCACCCACGACCUCAGCAGCUCUGUGAAAGAGUCAGCUGCGGCUGUGGCCCGGGCACUGGCGUGGGAUGUGAACAACGACUGGAAGUCAGAGCUGGAGCUGCAAGAGGAUUCCCAGGGCCCAGCCUUGAGGGGGUCCAAAUCCCAGCUCACCAGCUAUGCUUACCAGAAGGAGAAUGACGACAAGUACAUGUUCGUGUACCAAGAGAUUCCCUGUGUGUUUUACAGGGUGAGAUUCACUCACGACCCCCCACUGAUGCCCCAGUUCUCCCAGGCCCUGAGAAGCCUCCCACUCAGGAACGACUCAACCACAUACCGGUCCUUCCUGGCCACCUACGGUACCCACUACGUGAGGCAGGCAGACCUUGGGGGGCGCGUGCAGCAGCUGAUGGCCAUAGAGACCUGCCGGGCAGUGCUGGAUGGGCUGACAGCCACCGAAAUCAAGGAUCGCCUGCGCUCACAGUUCUUGCAAGACCUGGGCCUGAGCCAGAGCAGCGAGGGCAGGGGGAGAUCCCAGAUGCCCUACGUGGAGAAGCGCAUCCAGGUGACAGGUGGCAACAGCGACUUCUCCACCAAGCAAGAUGCCAGCUCCUUCUCGGCCUGGAGCGGGAGCCUCAAAGCCAGCCCCGACCUGGUCUCCUACUCCCUGAUGCCCAUCCACACCUUGGUGAGACCCAGCGACCCCAGGCGGGAGGCGCUGAAGCAGGCAGUGAAGGAGUAUUUGGCUGAGCGGGGACACAAGAAGAGUUGCCCUCGUAGAUGCCCACAAGGGAGUCAGGGCGACUCCGAGGACCCCUGCAAAUGCUACUGCCCCGGCAACCCCUUCACCAACUCCAUGUGCUGCUCACUCAAGAGGGGCAUGGCCCGGCUGAAGGUCCAUGAGCUGCGGUGCGCAGACCUGUGGGGAGACACCCUGUCCGCCACCGACGCCUACGUCAUGGUCUCCUUCCAAGGCCGGGAGCUACAGACAGAGAUCAUUAAGAACAAUAACUACCCCACCUGGUACAAAGAACUGGACUUCGGGCCAGUGACGCUGCCGAAGAUGCUGGGGGAGUUGUCCAAACUGAAAUUGGAGGUGUGGGACAGCGACUUAUUGAAGGACCAUCGCCUGGGCCACUGCAACACCAACCUCGAGGUCGGCAGGAAUAACACACUCACCUGCCUCCUUGACCACGGCCACUUGCAGUUUUACUACACGCUGGAGUGCGGGCCCAACCUGGGGGGCAACAACUGCCAUGAGUACGUGCCUGUGAGAGGCUGAGAGGAGAGAACCCAGGAAUCCUGGCUCUCAGCCUCCUCUGCUUUCACCCACUAGACCCCACUCCCCUCCCUGAUCUGGAGAGAGAACCCAGGAGUCCUGGCUCCCAGCCCGCCCUGCUCUAGCCCAGUAGCCCCCACUCCCUUUCCCGAGCGUUACCAAGUCUCACAAGAAAAUAAAGCAGCAAUGCCUUUCCAAACUAACCCAGCCCAUCUCAGAGAGAGUGCAGGGGUGUGUUUAGACAAAUCCCUUUGUUGUUUUCAGUAGGUCUAGUUUUGUUGCUUCCAACUGGAAGUUGCACAUUGAAACUAAUAAACGUGUGUGUACUCUGGCAUAAUUUUGUUUUUAUUAAAAAAGUUCUCGUGCUCGCCAGCCGCCUUGGGCGCUGUUGCCUCCCUAUGGCACAUGCCUGUGUUGAAGUACAUCCUAGAGCAGGACAAGCAAUUGGCACAUCGUAUGUAUGGAACGGGCAGUCCAGAAAGUUCCCAAAUUUGGGGAUUUUUUCUUCAUUGAACGGGAGUGGGGAUUGGAGGCUUCUCAAAUUCUAAUGACGGGCGUCUUCAUUGGCACUGGUCAAUCACCGAAUCCGCUCCGCCAUCCCUUUUACAACUGGAACAGUGUGUUGAAACCCCCUAGUACCAAAAAGCUCCAA